CUGGGAAACCGCCUCCAAGCCAUCGUCAGAAACGAUGUAGCGCAUCGGGAUGCUGAUACCACAGCUACAAGUAGGACGAGGAUCGGGCUCGUCAACGUGGACGACAACGUAAGGCGCUCCUACGAAGCCCUCGGGCUGGCUGAGGUUGUCAACGUUGACUUUCAACGUGUAUCUGCCAAGCUGACGUGGAAAAUGUUCUUCCCUACGUGGGUCGACGAGGAUGGGCCCCCGGGCAGCAACAACAAUUGCCCGGAGCUGCCCGUGCCGAGGCUCGCGCUCGACGAGCCUCGGUACAAAGACCUGGACGUGGUGGUCGCAGGGGUGCCUUGCGGGGGAAGGAACAACGGGAGCGAAGGGAUCAGGGACGUGUUCAGGUUGCAGGUCAACCUGGUCGUGGCGAAUCUCGUGGUUGCCGCGGCGGGGAAUGGGGAUCGAACGGUCCACGUCGUUUUCAUCGGGUCUUGUGGGCCGAUGCCGGAGAUCUUCAGAUGCGAUGACAUGUUGACGCACGUAGGGGAUUAUUGGGUGUACCAGCCUGAUUUGAACCGCCUGAGGGACAAAGUGUCGAUGCCUGUCGGGUCGUGCCAAAUUGCUCCUCCUUUUGGACCUGCACCAGGAAGAUCCAAUUUCCAAGCCCAGCCCAAUCACCAUCAAAAGCAAGCCUACGUAACAGUCCUCCACUCCUCCGAAGCCUACGUCUGCGGCGCAAUCGCACUGGCCCAAAGCAUCAAGCUCACCAACUCCACCAAAGACCUCAUCCUCCUCCACGACUCCUCCAUCACCCCGUCCUCCCUCGCGGGCCUCCGUUCUGCGGGCUGGACCACCCGGCCCAUCAAGCCCAUCCGCAGCACCUUCGCCCCCAAAAACUCCUACAACGAGUGGAACUACAGCAAGCUCCGUAUCUGGCAGAUCCAAGACUAUGACAAAGUGGUCUUCAUCGACUCCGACCUCUUGAUCCUCCGAAACAUGGACCACAUCUUCCAGUACCCGCAGCUCUCCGCGGGCCCCAACGACAGACACCUGUUUAAUUCGGGGAUCAUGGUCAUCGAGCCCUCGAGCUGCACGUUCCAGGGCCUGAUAACCAAAACGGACUUGGUCGCCUCUUACAAUGGAGGCGACCAGGGUUUCUUGAACGAGAUGUUUACGUGGUGGCAUCGGCUGCCGCGGAAGGUCAACUGGCUCAAGGCGUUCGAGGAGAUUUCAAAGUUUGAUUCCUGUUCUAUUGAAUGGAUUGAUGAUGGAGGGAUUAGGAAGAGGUGGCCAGGGAUUGAUGCAAAGGCCGCCGGCGGGAAGGAGAUGCAGCCUUCUGGUUCUUGCGCCUGGAGGAGGAAGGUUUCGGAGGGCGGCGCGAAACGGAGAAAUCUAGGGUUUGAGCCAGCAAUAAGCGCAGCGAUAAGGGGGAGAAGGCGGCAAAUACAAUAUUUGCCUCAACAAUUAGCCGCUAUACGUGGGUUCUCUUGUAGUGUUUAUGGGUUGCAUUUGCUGGGGAUGAAGCCGUGGAUGUGUUAUAGGGACUAUGAUUGUAAUUGGGAUUCGGUGGAUCAUCAUCAAUUUGCGAGUGAUGCAGCUCAUAGGAAGUGGUGGGAGGUUUAUGAUGCUAUGCCUAGGAAGUUGCAAGGUUUUUGUGGGUUGAGUAGGGAGGUGGAUGAGAGAAUUAGGAAGGGGAGGAGGGUGGCAAAGAGUAGGAAGUUGAGGAAUGGAAGGUGGAGGAUUAGAGUGAAGGAUCCUAGAAGAGAUCGUUUGAUCAAGGGAUGA